ACAAUCACGGGGAAGGGGAAGAACUGGUAGGGCCAGAAAAAGCCAUCAGGAGAACUUUGAAUGACUUUUGAAUGAGCUGCUGCGCAGAAAGAUUAACUGAUCCUUCAACAUCUAUAUUUUAUUAAUCUGCGUCUUCCAGUACAUCUGUUGGCUUUCCACAACUACAAGCUUAAAAACUCCACAAAGACUUUGGAUCAUUCUCUGGACUGACUGAACAAGUUAGAGUACGGCAGAAAAACAGUGAAGGCACUGAGCUGCACUUGGCAGCUCCAAAAGCAAUGGCAGAGUGCACACCGGAUGUAAACCCCACCAACGUGAUCCAGAAUCCAGAGGCUGACAUAAAGGAGCUGAGUGAGGUUUCGGCUGAGUCUGCAUCAGCGGGAGCAGCCAAAGUCAGACCUGCAGACGCGGGGCUGAUUCGAAGUUUGUCCAAGUCAGACUCUGAUUUGUUGGCAUCGCCACUUGGAGAGGAGGAUGGAGGUCUGGUUGGCCGAAGUGGGUCUGUGUCUAACUGCAGCUCUGGGCAGCCAUCCAUGGAGCGCAUGCCUUCCUUUGCCUCUGAGUGGGAUGAGAUUGAGAAGAUCAUGAACUUAAUUGGAGCAGGAAUUGAAACAUCCAAAAACAAGCAGCCCAUACCAAGUUCAGAUGGGGCCUGUGGUAAAGCCCUGGACCAGCCGGUGGGAGAGUGGCUGGAGCACGUGGGGCUGCCGCAGUACGAGAGCAAGCUCCUGCUCAAUGGCUUUGAUGACCUACGAUUCAUGGGAAGUAACGUGAUGGAGGACCAGGAUCUCAGAGACAUCGGGAUCACUGAUCCGGGACAUCGAAAGAAAAUCCUCCACGCGGCACGCAACUUUCCCAAGGUGCUUAAUAUCGUAAAAGCACUGGGGUGUGAUGGCAGCACAUCUCUUGCCACUUGGUUGGAUGGCCUUGGUCUGCAUGAAUAUCUGCCCAACUUUCUUGCCAGCGGCUACCGCACACUGGAGUGUGUUAAGAACCUGUGGGAACUGGAGAUCAUCAAUGUUAUUAAGGUUGGUCCUCUGGGUCACAGGAAGAGGAUCAUUGCCUCUCUAGCAGAGAGACCCUAUGAAGAGGCUCCAUCUAAGUCCCGUCGUCUGUCCCCAAUUAUGUUCCAUGACCUCCUAUCCCAGACCACAUCUCCCCUGAGUCAGCUGGACCCCUACACCAGUCGCUCCAUGGACAUGCUCCUUCCCCUGACCGAGUCAGAUCGGAGGCGAAGAGGAGUCGACCAAGACUGUAGUGUAUCUCUGCGUUCUUAUAGCGAGAGGCCACGUUCUGUAGACAGACACAGCGACCGGCAUAAAGAGUCUCGUCUAAACCUCCGGCCGCCGAGCCACUCUGCUACCUAUGCCACGGUCUCCGCCUGGCAUCACCAGCCUGAGAAACUCAUUCUGGACUCCUGCGGGUACGAGGCAACAUAUCUAGGAUCAUUGAUAAUCAGGGAUCUACGAGGGAUUGAGUCCACACAAGAUGCCUGUGCUAAAAUUAGGAAAUCCAAGGACUCCAAAAAGGGUCCAGUUGUCAUACUGUCCAUUACCUAUAGAGGUGUUAAGUUCAUCGAUGCAGCCACAAAGACUAUAGUAGCAGAACAUGAGAUCAGGAACAUCUCAUGUGCCGCGCAAGACCCAGAUGACCUCUGCACAUUUGCAUACAUUACCAAGGAUCUGAAGAGCGGCCACCACUUCUGUCAUGUCUUCAGCACUGUGGAAGUGACACAGACCUACGAGAUCAUCCUAACGCUGGGACAGGCAUUUGAGGUGGCUUAUCAGAUGGCGAUUCAGUCCAGGGCGAGACACUACAUGCCUCCUUCAUCUCUGGGCUCUGAGGUCAUAGACACCAAAACCAGCCGUCCUGUAUCUCAGUCCUGGAGCAGCAUGCGAAGAUCAGCAGGUGCCCCUCUGCUCGAAUGCCGCUGCUGUCACUGUCACACGUGUACUACCCACCGUCCUUCCUUCCUCCCGUUGCACUCUGUUAGCCCUGGAGUCCAGAUCGACCCCCUGGAGAUGGACCCAGACAUGCAGUCCCUGGGCAGCACCACCUGGCUCUUGGACCAGCGGGACGCCAACAGGCGCCCUGUCAGCACCAACCUGUCCUGUCUUACCAGGCAUCUACCACUGUGAAGCACUAUGAGGAGGCUGCUUUGAUAGCAUGGGAUGCAAGAUGGACAAUUAAUCAAUGAAAGACAAAACAGCAACAUGCAGCAAACAACUUGUGUUUUCUUUUUGUUGUUGUUGGGGUUUUUUCUACGCAUUUGUACAAUACUCAUAGAAAGACCACAAGGAAUCGGUCACGAAUCUAAUCACUGAUGUCUGGACUCAAAACGGACCAAAAACUGAGACCUCGUAAACUCACACAAAUACACACAUACACACCCAGAAGGACAAUAUCAAGGACAACAGCCUUACUUCAUUACGGUUAUCUAUAAUCAACUAAAAAUCCCCUGACCUGCCCGAACACCACCACCCAACAACUGCACGCCUCCACCCUGCUUCUAAAAGACUUUAAAGGCAAAAAAAGAAAAGAAAAAAAAGGCAACACUUCUUAUUUUCUGCUGUAUUUAAACUGACUGUGACUAGCUGGGAUGACGUUGAUGCAGAGAUGGUACAGUUUUUGUCAGGAUGAGUCUUUGCUCUGGCCUUGUACUGCCCAGUGCCUCUCAGCAGUCGUGGUAGCACUGAGAGCCUGAAAAUCACAGCUUCUUCUUAUUGUCAGUUUAAACAAAGAAAAAAAAAUGAAAAGAAACACUGUGUUUAAAAACAUGGCACUAUCCCUUUUAAGACCUUGUUUUCUUUUUUUCUUAUGGUGCAAAUUUGACAUUAGUGGAUUUUUGUGAUACUUUUUGAUAGACGGGGCAUAACUGAAAUGUGGGUUGGGGGGAAUGAUUACGAAGGGAUUGUAAAGAAUCCCAACAUUACUACCAGAGGCAAAAAAAUAAAAAUAAACAAAACGUAAGCAACGUUAAAAAAAAAAUAUUGGGUGUAUUAAUGAGCCUCUAGCACAAUCUGAUGCACAUUUCCCGUCAUAGCAUCUUAUUAUCAUGAUUACUUGAGUAGGUAUCCAUGCUGUUUCACUCCACUUUAGAAUUAGGUACAGUACAUGCAACGUGUGUUACUUUGAGGGGGUGAAAAGAUUUUAUUCCACUACAUUAAAAGAGCCAAAUCUAAAUGUAGCUCUGGUGUCGUGUUACUGCGAGUGGAUUUGUAAUGCUGAGAGCGUGGUACCAUUUUUUUUUUUUCUUAAAAGAUUUUCCUCCUGCACUGUGACUGAAAAAAAAAAGGUCGUCGUGAAGUCGACACAUAUCUGUGGGUUCUCCCCUGUGUGCACUACCUGCUGUGCGUGCUGUAUGCCUUGUUUCUGUCUGUCCUCAUGGGAGUUUGGACUCUUACAUCACCGGCCACUGUCCUUGUUUUUUGUGUGCUGCGGGAGAAGUGAAGGAUUGAGCUCGUUGAGGCUGACUGAUUUUAUUUUUUUUAUUACGGUGUAACCGGCCUGCGUGCGGUACCGUGGCUGUGUCAUUGCCACUCUGUUUCUGACUGUUAACUGUUAGCUUCCACUGACGAUUGCAUGUUGGCAGUGUGUUUGUGUUUUCGUACCCUUUGAUGCACUUGGCCUGAGCAGUCUCUCUGUAUGUACCGUAGCAGUGUCUCGUCUCCUCUCACUCACCUGCCAUUCGCUUUUUACGUUCCCUCUCCCCGUCACACGCCAACUCAGCGCUUCACCCUCAUUUCGUUUUGCCAUCGUCGUCCAACAUUUUGUCACGUAUGUUCUCCCAUUCUGUGUGUCACCGAAACAACCUGCUCUAUUAUGGAUGCACAAUAUGAAAGCAUUACACUUAAAUGAGCAGCAAGCUAUUUAAAGCAAGUUUUGGUGGCAUGAUAUCGCUGUGCAUGUAACCGCUCUUUUUAACAUUGGUGUUUUCCUUGUGUAGCUCGCCCCAGCGUUCAAGUUUCCGGAUACCAAGCUGUGAGUUGAAGGGGAGCAGCCGAUGCGAGUGUGUUUGUGUGUGUUGAGUUAUAGCGGGCAGAGCAGUGUGAAAGAGCUAGAGAGAAACUGAGAGGUAAGCCUUAUGCAAUGUGCAGGGCCAAACCAGCGCUUACUCUGACAUUUAGAUCUCACUCCGUAUAUCCCCUGCUCCUCCACUGCCCCUGAGAUGAAUCCCAACACAGACUAAAAGGUAAACCGGUAGUCCCACAUCACUGGCUAAACAGGACCUGUGUAUCACUCCUGUCUUGAGAAAGGUCACUCAGAAAGGUCAAGUCUAUUUCCUGGCCUCCGUGUGACUUUCUGAUCUUGUUAUGUAGGUACUGUAAUGUUUAGAGCACUGUAGACCAUUAAUGAUAUAGACCAUUAAUGAGCAUUUCUAUUGAUUCAGGUCUAUUGAAAAUGUGGGAAUUAUUAUUAAAGGGUAACAAAAUGUAGAGGAAAAGAAAAAAAAACUGUACCAGCAUACAAUGCUUUGCCCAUGUUUCUGGACAGAGUAUGGUUUGUCAAUGAAAAUGUGAUACUGUUUCAAAUUUCAAAGCAAUAUUAUAUUAAUGACAUUAAAUAAUACAAAGACUAAAGAAUCCCUCUCA